AUAAUGAAUGAAUGUAAGCCAGUACUUUGUCUAGCUCCUAGGAGGUGCUCCCAAAAUGGAGUGGCCACUGUCAUCCCGUCAUCUUCCAUCUUUUCAGAAAGAUGAAGUGACAGACUCGAGGCACAGCAAGAAGUGACUGAACUCAGUAUGGAGUCAUGUGCUUUUCGUGGUGUUGGCAACGGAAGGCACCUUUGCUAGGGCCCCUGGCUUCGCACCCCCUUCCAGAGCUCCACAGGCCCAACCCAGUUCUAGAACAAUCCCUGAGGAAAGCCACGUCUCAGUCAGGGCUCAGAUGGAAGGGACUCAGGCCGAGACACUGUCCCCACCCCAUAAAUCCCCACCCCAUGAGUCGUGAUGAUCGAAUCUUUGGGCCCCAGUCAUGCUAGGCAAGUGCUCUGCUAUUGGGUUCCAGCCCCAGCCUCAGGUAGGGUUUGUUUAAGGACCUUCACAAGAAGCCAGUCAAUCCUGUUGAGGCUCACAGACCAGACCCGAUAUGGAUGAAAUAAAACUCACAAUUGCUUGGGACAGAAACUCAAGUCCUGCCAGCUUUAAAGAGGACCUCUAGGUUCCGCUACUGACAGUAGCCCGUCUGAAGGAACAAUACCAGCAAUCUCCCUCAGGCAUGUGCCUCCACCUUAGAAGGCUUUGCCAACUUGAAGGUGAGAUGGCCACUGUCCCUUAGCAACCCUGGGGACCGGGAGUUUUGUUACUUGGGCUUAUGGGUUUUUUGGGUUUUUUUGUUUUGUUUUGUUUUGUUUUAAGACAGGGUUUCUCUGUAUGUCCUAGAACUCACUCUGUAGACCAGGCUGGCCUCAAACUCACAGAGACCCACCUGUCUCUGCCUCCCAAGUGCUGGGAUUAAAGGCAUGUGCCAUUAUACCUAGCCAACCGGAAAAUAUUCCAACAGUUCCAGCAAAAGGGGUCAGUCAGGGUUUUCACUGCCUCCUGAUGUCAUCUGUCAUGCUGAGAAAACCACUGUGGUGUAAGCAGAAAAACAAGACAGGAGCUCCCGGACCUGGGAGACAGUUCCCAGGCUGUUGUUUCCUCAUGGUUCUCGGCCCUUUCUGGCCCAUCCUCUCUCUGUUUCCAAGGCUCCUCCUUCCCACUCUGUCUUCUCUGGAAGCAGGGAGCGUGGGGCCUGUGCAGAAGUUUGUCACCUGGAGACUGAGACGUGAUCGGGAGAAGGGCCGGGCCCUGCUCUCUGCCAGGUCUGGAAGCCCCUCUGGCCAGCUGCCCAAUGUGGACGAGCAGGUGCAGGCCUGGGAAAGUCGACGGCCCCUCAUUCAGGACCUGGCCCGGCGGCUGCUGACGGAUGAUGAAGUCCUAGCAGUCACUCGCCACUGCUCCCGGUAUGUCCAUGAGGGUGGUGUGGAGGACCUGGUGCGCCCCCUGCUGGCCAUCCUGGACAGACCGGAGAAGCUGCUGCUGCUGAGGGACAUCAGGAGUGUGGUGGCCCCCACGGACCUCGGCCGCUUUGAUAGCAUGGUGAUGCCUGUGGAGUUGGAGGCUUUUGAGGCUCUCAAGAGCAGGGCAGUUCGGCCUUCUGCUUUGAGACCAACCAGGCAAGACACGCCACCCAAGCGUCACCUCAUCACACCUGUGCCUGAUAGCCGUGGAGGCUUCUACUUGCUGCCAGUGAAUGACUGCUCAGAAGACGACCAUGGUGAGAUCCGGGAGAGGCUGGGGGGCCUUAAGGUCUCCCUCAGUGCCUCUGCCCCUCGCCACCACCAUAAAGGAAUCCCCCCUCUACAAGAUGUACCAGUCGAUGCCUUCUCUCCUCGCCGCAGCGCAUGUACACCCCCUCCCCAGCCGCCUCCUGUGGCUCCCCGGCCUCCCAGGCCUAACUGGUUACUGACAGAACCCCCAAGCAAAGAGGAGGAGGCUCAGCAGAACCAGAGCCAGACCCCAGCCCAAAGCCGCAGUCGCAGCCGCAGCCGAGGUCGAGGCAAGUCCCCUGGGCGCAGGAGCUCCCCACCCCCAGGACCCAUCACCACUGCUACCACAGCCAACGGGCGAUACCACAGGCCUCGGAAGGCAAGGCCCUUGCUUCCACGACCUCUGGACGGGCAGGAGGUCAAAGUGGAAGCUAGGCCAGGGCCCUUGGAGAAUGGAGUUAAUGGGAUGGCUGAGGAGACGACCAAGAAAGCCUCCACUGGAGAGCUGAGGACAGUCACGCUAUCUAAGAUGAAGCAGUCUUUGGGCAUCAGCAUCUCUGGGGGUAUCGAGUCCAAGGUGCAGCCCAUGGUGAAGAUAGAGAAGAUCUUCCCGGGAGGUGCGGCUUUCCUCUGCGGGGCCCUGCAGGCUGGCUUCGAGCUGGUGGCAGUGGACGGGGAGAGCCUGGAGCAGGUGACCCACCAACGAGCCGUGGACACCAUCCGCAGAGCAUAUAGAAACAAGGCUCGGGAGCCUAUGGAGCUUGUGGUCAGGGUCCCUGGGCCUGGCCUGCUGCCCUUAUCCUCUGCUUCAUUGGCCUUUAAGGAUCAGAGCCUUCCCGCUGACGGUUCCUCUGCCCACGGACCCCUUGAUAAUACCCCAGCCCACCACCAGCUGCCACCCCCUGAGGCUGGGCAAACUACAGCAGACUCCCAGCCCAGCCCUUCAGGCUCCUCACAGUACCUCCAAACUCUCCCCUCUUAAGGGUUCCCAUGACCCUUCCCACUGACCCUAAGAAUUACUGCUGCCUCCAGGUUUUCUGCAAUACCGAGGCCCCUUUGUCCUAUCUGCCUGCCUGCUGAGAGCACACUUGUGGCUCCGAUCCACUGCGGGCUAUCAGAAAGGCUCUGGCCUUUGGAGAUAGAUGUCCAAGGACAAGGUUCUAGUGGGCAACUGUGUCAUUUGCAUUCCCUGAUCCUGGACCGCUUCACAGUGAGGGGACAGAGAAACUCAAGUCUGAAGUUGUGAGGUUUUAUGAUGCCUCUGGCUUCCCAUAUUCUGAGGGGCUUAAACUCUGAGGGUCCUCAAGGAGGUCACUGCAUCCAUACCCCUGUCUCAAGCAGCAUUCAGUGCAAAGAACAGGAUGGAAAGCUUUUCUAACUCGUCAAACCUGGCUAAGACUCACAUUGUGGGCCACGAGGACCUCUGACUCCACUGGGUUAGCUCUACUACCCUUCCUCCCUGUAAGAACUUCAUGAGGUCGAACAGUAGCCAGCAAGCAGAGGGGACAGAUGUCCCAGACAGAUGUCAAACAAGUUCCCUAUGGUUCUUUAUCCAGCAUACUUUUUUUUUAAAAACAAAAUUUUUUAAAUGUUUUCUUUGGGUUUGUACAAGAAAUUUACAUGUGAAAAAUAUACAAGUGAAAACGAAGCCAUAAACCUGGUAAUAGGAGGGGCUGCUUGGUCACAAACACAAAUAAACAAGACAUUGCUGAGUUC